CAGGAUGAUGCCAGUGCUGAGCAGUGAGAUGUGAAGGGCAGUGUGGGGACCACCGUUCCCGCCGGCCGGCCUUGUGGACUGGAGGGCGGGAUGCUGGUGGGAGUCCAGGCCCGGGCAGUCUCCAGGCAGUGUCCGAGCUCCGCUCCCAGCUGGGAUGGCAGAGCCGUGUUUGCGAAGAGUUAAGGAGGCGGAAGAUGCAGGAAGCGGCCCGAGCCGCUCUCCAUAGAAACCCGCGGCCGUGAUUAAAGUCUGAUGCGGGCCCGAUAGAGGGGGGGGAGGUUGGGGGGGGGGGGCCCCCCCGCGCCCGCUUUAAUUACAGCGGAGGAAAUUGCUGGAGCCGGGGCCCCGAGCCCCGGCGCGUUGCCUGGAAACUCCCCCCCCCCCCCGCCUCCCCCGGCCCCUGCCCGUCCCCUGCCUGUCCCGCUGCCAUUUAUUCGCCAUCAGCUGCUCCCUGAUAAAGUGGAAUAAUAAUAAUAAUAAUAGGGGCAGGAAUAUUAAAACAUGCAGCCCGCGGGCCGCCCCCACAGCUGCCAUGAGACACGGCGCCGGAGCGGUGCCACUGCUGCUCAACAUGUACCUGCCAGAUCCAGUCGGGGAAACUUUGUUCAAAGACGGGAAGAGCCAGGCGUGGGGGUCUCUCAGCCCCGGCGUGCAGAAAGGCAGCGGGCAGAUCCAGCUGUGGCAGUUCCUGCUGGAGCUGCUCUCGGACCGGGCCAACCUGAACUGCAUCGCCUGGGAAGGCACGAAUGGGGAGUUCAAGCUGAUCGACCCCGACGAGGUGGCGCGGCGCUGGGGCGAGCGGAAGAGCAAACCCAACAUGAACUACGACAAGCUGAGCCGGGCGCUGCGCUACUACUACGACAAGAACAUCAUGACCAAGGUCCAUGGCAAACGCUACGCCUACAAGUUCGACUUCCAUGGGCUGGCUCAGGUGUGCCAGCCGACUGCUCCCGAUCACACCCUCUACAAAUUCCAGGGAAACCUGGCCCCACUGCCCUUCUCGGGCAUCUCCAAACUCAAUCUCAUGACCUCGGGGGUGACACCAGCUGGCUUCUCCUAUUGGCCUGGCUCCAGCCCAUCCCUCUACCCUGGGCAUGGGCUGCAGCCCUCUGCCCCAUUCAGCACCAUGGCAGCCUCCCACCUCAACAACAUGAACAACCACUACCAUUAGAGGCUCAGCUGUGCCAGGUGCAUGUCCCUGGCAGCGUGGGGCUGUGGAGCUCUGCAGGGAGGAAUGGGGGGUGGGAUCAUGCCCUGCUCUCAGCUGCCCCUUUUUAGCUUUGGAGAGUGGUGUGAUGUGUGAGGGGUGCUUGCAGGGUAGGUGGGUUGGUUCCCUGAGGUGGGUAGCUGGAGGAGAGAAGUCAUCUCAAUUUAGGAUGAGGAGGGAUCCAUCACCCUGGGAAUGCACAUGGAUACCUAAAGCAGGGUGCGAAUGGAAGGAAAAACCAAGGGCUCACCUCCUGGCAGGGUUCAUGCUCCCCCCACCUUUCCGUUGCAACAUGCUGCCCACCCCAUGCUCUGCCCUCAGCCUGUUCCCCUCUCCCUGCGGAGAGGAGCUGGGUCCUGAGGGCAUCAGCAUCUAUGGGUGCAU